GAUUAAUAAAUUACCAAAUAAAUUUUGUUCCAUUUGCAUGCAAACCAUAUAUAUAUAUAUAUGUAUAUAUCAUAACAGGGCCCCGUCUCCAUCUUUAAGCAUGCCAUAUAUCUUUGAUGCAUAUUUCAUAAUCUUUUCCUUCUUCAAUCCAAACUAACUUCAGAGAGAGAGAGAGAGAGAAAGAGAGAGAGAGAGAGAGAGAGAGAGUCUUCAAUGGGGAAUCACAAGUUUAGACUAUCAGAUAUGAUGCCAAAUGCCUGGUUUUACAAGCUCAGAGACAUGAGCAAGAGCAGAAAGCACAAAGCUUCUCAAUCUCAUCCUUCAAAGAAGAAGCUCAUCCCAUCGCCAACUUCUAUUUCUACAGCUGCUUCACAUAGGCCUCAUCUUUCUCAUCAGCAUCAUAGACGCUCCCUUUACUUCCAUAAUGCCACAGAACCCACUAUCAGAUCCCACAAAUUCCACAAUUCUUUUUCACCCAGAAACCCUAAAGCCUCCGACACCCACUUUCCUGAUCCCCCCAGAAACUCAUCAAUCCGAAGAAGAAGAAAAACCAAGAGUAAGAGACAAUCCAUUUACAAGCCAUCUCCAAAAGCGCUUUCUUCGGAUCAAACCCAAGAUUGCUACUUCUUUUCUUUGACCGAUCAAAGUUCUUCCGAUACUGACUUCCAUGCUUCCAGCUGUAGUUGUAGAGUUACUUCUUCAACUACAGAUAUCAUCCUUGACGUAAACGGAAAAUCCUCAUUUUCCAUGGCCGAGUUGAAUCUCCCUCCAAUAUUGACGAAGCCAGCAAAGCCCCAAGACACAAUUGUCAAAGAAAAUCAGGGGUCAGUUUCCAUCAAAAUUGUCGACGAAAAUUACACUCACAAAACUCGAGUGAGGACUAGAAAACCGGCCGCCUAUUCGGCGGGAGUGAAGCUCCGGGCCAACUCUCCGAAAAUAGCGUGCAAGAAGAAGGUCCAGGGCGGCGGCCGGCGGAGCGUGUCGUCGCCGGCCGGCAAGAGGAGGAGUGGCUGCUGCUGGGAGAGCUUUGCAAUGGUGAAGUCUUCAGUUGAUCCACAGAGAGAUUUCAAGGACUCAAUGAAGGAAAUGAUCGUGGAGAACAACAUCCGGGCGUCCAAGGAUUUGGAAGAGCUUCUUGCCUGUUACCUCUCCCUGAAUUCAGAUCAGUACCAUGACUUCAUUGUUAAGGCCUUCGAGCAAAUCUGGUUUGAUUUGGCUAAUCUCCGCUUGUAAAAUAUCUCUCACGAUAUCUACCACUGGUAUGGGUUGGCUCUCGUCUUUUCCAAAAGCAAGAAUGUUUUAACUAGUUAAAGUAGCUUGGCUUCUAAAUUUAUGAAAUCAAGAUAUAAUUAAGAAUUUUUUUUUAUAAAUUAUCAAUAUGAAAUUGAGUUAUGACAAUACAUACGACUAGUACUGUAGAAUUUAAAGAUCAUUGAAGUUAUAACUUAAUGAUGAUAGAUAUUAAUAGGAAUAAACCUAAGAUCUCAAAAUCAAAUCUCUUGAAUCUCUGUUACUCCUUCCCUCGUGAAGUGUGGAAUCAGGGUGUUCAAUUUGUCUUUGUUACUUUCUUCUACUAUUGCUCGAAUAACAUGGGACAAUUGGAAUCUGGGAAAUGAGUAAGUGGCUCAGAUGAUCAAGAAUUGGUAAUCAUCUUGUGUCUAGCGAUAGAACUGAAGUACAGCUUUAUAAAUUAUUUGUGUUGAAUGUAAACAUUGGUGAAUUGGUGGUUGUGGUUGAUGGGGCACCCACAAAUCUGAAAUGUGACUGGCGAGUGCUGCUUUUGAUGAACCCUUUUGAUCAGCAUGCAUGUUUUGACUGUAGUACUAGUAGUCUUGUUUUCUUUUCCUUUUGCUUUGUCUUUCAAUGUUUUCUCCAAUAUUCCGAGUCAACAAGAGCUAAGCAAUUACGGCUGGUUAUUUUGGGAAACACCAUUCUGGUGAAAAAUGUAUCGAGAUUAUAAGUUGUACAUGUGGACAAUAACAAUGUGUCCAAAACUGCAGGUAUGAUAUGUUGAGGUCUGUUGGAAAGAUCACAAAUGUAAGAAUCAAUACUAUUUGAACGUUUCAG